GAUUCAAAAAAAAAAAAUCUUCUGUUAAUUUAAGCGAAAUAUUAGUAAACAUGUUUUAAAAAGAAAACUAUUGAAAACAUUAUCGUGUACCUAACAAAAAUAUAUAUACUUUAGAAGAAAAAAUGAUAAUAUAUCUAUUUAAAAAAUAAUAUAUUACGGACUACUUACUUUAUCUCAUAAAGUGUGUGCCUUUUCUUUUUAUCUAUCAACGGAAUAAACAGACAUGGUCCCAGGCUACCAGCAAAAUUUUGAAUUCAAAUUUAAACAGUGAAAAAGCUAAAUACAACGGACAAAAAUCCACAUUUCCACUUUUUUUUCUCUUUGUAUUUUUUGUAAGCAACUCUUAUAUUCAAAACAAACUUGGGAUCCUUGUAACUAACUAGAUACAAUCUAAUUUUUCACUUGACUGUCUGUAAAAUUAGAACCUUGUUCCAAAAAGAUUAAUUAGCAUGGGAGAAUCUGCUUGCCUCAUGCAGCCAUUCUCAUACGCAGCUCCACAGGGAGAUUCUCUUGGUGCUUUAGGACAGUCUGUGUCCUUUGGGAGAUUCAUGUCUGAGAAACUUGACUGGGAAAAAUGGUCUUCUUUCCCCACACAGAACCGUUAUGUGGCGGAGGCAGAGAGAUACUCGAGGCCAGGGUCUGUGGCUCAGAAGAAAGCCUUCUUCGAAGCUCACUACAAGAAACUCGCUGCUGCAAGAAAAGCUGCCGCCGAAGAGGCACUCUUGCUCCGUCAACAAACCUCUGAUGAGUUGGUUCCAGUUCAACAAGAAAAAGAUAUCAAUGGCGUAGGAAAGAAAGAAUCAGACCCCCCGGUUCUUGAGAUUCCAAGAGCAUCUUUAGAUGCUGAAAUGAAAGUAACUGCAGAAAAAGAAUCAGACCCGGUUCUUGAGAUUCCAAGAGCAUCUUUAGAUGCUGAGAUGAAAGUAGUUGCAAGAAAAGUAAGCAGGUCUGGUAAUAGACAGUCUGAUGAGAAAGAGAACCGUGGGAAAGACGAGUCAAAGAUCAAUGGCAAAGGCUCUACAGUUAAAGAAGAACAACAGGUCGAGAAGACGCCUAUGAUCCCUAAGAAGAAAUCUAAAGAAGCACAACCAAAGAGCAGUACAAAGCCGAGAGUGUCUAAGCUCAAUAUAUCGGAGAGGACUCCAAGUAAAAAGCCUAGUAACAAGAGCAGCUCUUACAAUUUCACACCAGCAAAAGAGUUCAAUAGGUUAGUGUCCAUCAUAAGGAAGAUUGAUGGGUCGUCAAGAGCUUCUUCCUCUAAGCUACAAACGAAAGAAUGCAAAACUCCUCUCCGGACACCAUCAAGCAAUAAUAAUAAGGUGUCUGCAAAGGGAAUUGUGGAGGACUCUUUGUUCACCACACCUUUGUCUAGUAACAGAAGUAAAUGCAGAGCUCCUGAUUCUUCUACCAAGACAGGUCGAGGAAGAUGGAAUUUCCUCCCUGCAGACAGGACGCCGAGCUGCUUCACACCAUUUGGAUUAAGAACAGAGGAGAGAGCAGAGAGAAGAAAAAAGAAGCUAGAGGAGAAAUUCAAAGCCAUGGAGGCACAGAAGGAGAAGAAGGAGAAGGAGGAGGAGAGGAGUGUGGAGAAAGAAGAGAGUAAACUAAGGCAAAGGCUGUGCUUCAAGGCGAAGCCACUUCCAAAUUUCUACAAACACAGACCUAAAUCCACUGACCAAACUAAAAAGGCUCUGCUACGGUAGCAGAGAGAGAGAGAUGUUAAAGAAAUAAAUCAUUCAUCCUUCAGAGAUGUGAACUACUGUAUAUUGCGCAGUCUUAGCGCCUGUGUGGAGGAUUAGUCUCUCUGGAAGGAAUCCUUCAACUACUCUUUUAUUCUUUUCUCUGAGACACACUGGAUUUGAUCAUUUGUACUAAUAUUUGUAAUUUUUGUGUUCUAUAAUAUCUUUUUGCUUCU